AUGGCUAGCCUCGCAAGGGGCUUUUGCCUCCCCGGUCUCCGGCCCCUCCUCGCACCCCGCGCCGCCGAAUCCGCCGUCCUCCGAUCCCGCCUCUUUACCACAUCCCUCCGCCGAGCUGCCCAGCCGGCCAUGAAAGCCACCCGGCCUGCGAAGACCGCCGCCGCUGCCCCCGCAUCAUCCGUUGCCCCGAGCCAGUACGCCCUCAUCAAGAGCCUCGCGACAAAGCCCACCCCAACGAUCCUCUACGAGGGCCCCUCACAUUUCUGGUUCUACUUUGGCUGCUGGACGAGUGGUAUUUCUCUUCUCACAUGGACGGCUCUCACUGCGAAGACGGCUGUCAACCAGCCCGAAGGUGUGCCGCAAUGGGUCGGCAUCACGUUCGGCGCCUCCUACCUCUUGCUUGUCUCUAUGGGCUUCUACCUCAUUGCCAAGACUCCCAACAUCGUCGGCCGUAUCCGUAUCCUACCAGCCCAGGCUGCUAAGCUCGCACCCGUCGCUGGCAGCCCCGUGAGCGUCGGCCCUGCGCCUAUUCAGAUGGAGGUGACGGUCAAGCGCAUGUUGCCGUUGCUCAAGCCCAAGGUCAUUACAGCACCACUGGACAAGGUCUGGCUCAAGAGUCGAUUCUCGCUACCAGGUGAGUACGUGCCAGAGCUGAAGCGGUUGGAGAUGGAGCGCGCGGCCGAGGUCAAGCGAGAGGCACUACGCAAGUUCGACAUGGAGCACUUGUUCACGAUGCCCUUCCGCAGGAUGGGUCGGGCAGUGUCCGCCAUGUUCAACGGAGUCAAGUCGGCCUGGACUGAUAUGGGCUUUGGCAUUAUUCGCGUGAACGGCAAAGACUACAAGGUGGACGUGACACAGGGCUUUGCACAUGAUGGGUUCCGCACGUUGGAGAAGCUCCUGGAAAUCCAGCCAUGA